GAGGCGUGAGCCUGGGCCGAGUUGUUGCAGUCCGCCGUCGUCUCGACCCACCAGCAGUCGGAAGUUGGAACCCCGUCGUCUCCAGAUCCAAAUCCUCCAAAUCCAGAUCACCCACCCACCCACCGGCCGCGAUCCAUCCAUGGAGCUGGAGGCGCCGUCGCCGGCGAGGUACCUGCUGGGCGCGGCGAUCAUGAUGGCCGGCGUCGUGCUGCCGCUCGCCUACAUGAUCUUCCGCAGCAAGCGCUCCUCCUCCUCCUCCGCCGCGGCCUCCGUCUCCUCCAUCGCCUCCGCCGCCCCCUCCUCCUCCUUCUCCAAGCAGACGUAGGAACAAGGGCCUCUUCUGAUGGCCCGCGCGCUCGCAUUUCGUUUGGUGCUGUUCUAGCUGGUAGCGCCAGCUCCAUUCUAGGAGUACAAGAAAAGAGAGGAAACUCCAUCUGUAUCCGCGGUCGGUCUCUGAUGCGGUACAAGUAGUAAAUUCAGUUGUGAAUCUGUAUCUGUAGUGUGUCUGUCUCUGAGCAGUUGAGCAAUUUUUUUUGGUGGUGAAAUGAAACAAACUGGUGUGUACUUCUGUGCAAUGCAAUCCAAUGAGUUGUUGUUUUUGUCAA